UAAAUAUGACAUAAUAUUGCAUCGGCGUUAGAAUUGUAUGAUUAAGAAAGAUGAACAUAGAAAUUUGGAGGGUGUAUUUAGGUGAAGGAGUUUGAUUAUGGAAUGGGAUCAUUCUGACGAUCGCCAUGCGCGACAAGCGAAUAGCGAUGUUAGAGUGUUUGAUGUUCAUGGCCGUCCUGAGAAAUUUGACCAUCUUCCACCGCUCAGUUACCCACAGCGUUCAUUCAGUGAUAAACCGCGAAUAGUCGAGGCUGGUGCCUAUACAAAAGCUUCUCCAAGCAAAGAAAAGAAAUACCAUCGCCGCGUCAGUGACUCGAUUGCUAAUAAUUACACACCAUCCGCUUCCGAUCUGAGUACGUCUCUUCUUUUUGAGAUAAAACGGACCACAAAAAAACACGUUUCUCCCCAGAAGAAAACUGCCUUGAACAACUCAACAUCAAAAGGAAAUGCAGUGACGAACGGAGGACGAUCAGUCGAAGAAAAAAGACGUUUAUCGUCAUCAGCAAAGGAGUAUCGAAAUGGCGUGGACAGGCCAAUCAAUUUCAAAGAAACUCGGAGGAUACCUUCAAAGUCAGCCACUCCACCGCUGGGAUUUUCUAGAAAGAGGCCUUUGCCCGGUUUGAAUGGUAAUAGAGGAGAAAAAAUGCCGUUCAAUGUCCGGGAUUUCCAUCGAAUUUCUUUCCAGGAAUCUCCGGAUUCUUUUGAUGCUUCCGUUUUCUCAUCUGGGUUACCUUCAUUUGAAAACGAGCAGUCGUUUCCAAAGGAUAAAACUUUCCACGAUGCCUUGACCGAAAGCGUUCUGGAAGCGCAAUUCUUUGCCCCAUCCAGAAGCACAUAUGGUCUCCCUCGCCCGCCUUCCCCUGAGAAUUCAAACAGCCAGGAGAGGUAUUGGACACUAAUUAACCACGCGAUUGAACCCAAUGCUGUAGCACCCUUGUCAAGAGAAUGCAUUGACGGCACGCAUCGUUUGAUCCCGGUUAACCUGAGGGAUCGUUUUGCCAUCAUCUUGGAAGGAAUUACCAAGGAAAUGGAGGAUAAUUAUUUUCAAAGCUUGAAAAGAUGUAUUCUUGAUUACGUGCUAAUGGACAAGGAAGAACCUGAAAGACUUGGUUUGACAAUGAAGAAACAGAUUAUCGAAGCAGCUGGUCGUGAGUAUUUUCCAUGGCAUGAAUCUAUGGCGACCGCAAAAUUUUUCAUAGAACAAAACCUUUACGUUACCCACGUGGCCUUGCGUGAAAUACUUGACUUUUGGGAAACUGGAUACACCGAGUUUAGACUGGUUGAUAUUGAAGAUUUAGUUCUUCACAUGCCUUUAUCAAUUGCUGAGUUUUCUCGAUUGGUUUCCGAAAGUAGUCAAACAGCUGUUCAACAUUUGAAAGAAGUUUGGAUUCCAUCAUGCGCGAAGCUGAUCAGCGAAAAAAGAGAAGACGUGGAGGCAUGGAUGCCACAGGAUGAGGAGGAGAGAUUGCGCAGAAUGGAUAGCUUCUUUAAUUGUGUCGCUACGUUGAUGUCAAAUAACGUGAGAUGCUUGAUCGAGCGCUCUCUGGAUGAUCUUGUAUCAAUUUUUGAAGUGUACACGGAGGGAAACAAGUUUGAGGGGGAAUACCAAAGGCGUCUACCAAUCAUGCCUCAACCGAUUAUUAUCAACGUGGUUCCAGACUUUGAGAACAUUACAGUUAGCUUCAGUCCAACGUUCACAGAUGUGGAGAAAUCUAUGAGUGAAGUUAUUGACGCAGUGGUAUUGAGCGUUCGUGGACUUAAGCGUGUCGAGUCUUGUCUAUUCUACGAGGUCGAGGGCGUUCCUGUUAAAGAAAUUAAUUCCAUGUUGUUGUCCGAUGAGUGCGUUCAAGUGGCAAAAAGUAAAAUAACUCGCGUUGUUCAUUCGAAUUGUCAAGGACCUUUGAGUUUCCGCUCCGUUUAUUCCUCGUUUGAAUAUUUGCUGUCAUUGGCCAGCGAUGACCGUGUUAAGCGGUUUCUCAUGGAUGAUAAAGAUCUACCAGAGUACAAAAAGAAGCUUGACGAACUUUACGCUCUCAUUUCCGCUGUGAUGAAAAUGGACCGAUACGUACCGAUGGAAUUGUUCUCACUUGAUUGCACUACAGUGAAUCAGAAAUUAAAAGAAAGAGGUCGAUAUCUUGUCAGCCUUAUCACGGAACAGCUUCGGAAAAGAAGCAUGAAAACAAACAAAUUCAUAUGUCAGCAAUAUGAGGAUAUUGUUGAUUACAUCACGAGAAAUUGCAAGGAUACAAGUAGUUUGGUGGAACAAAUUAAUUACAUCGAGAACCUUCCUUUUGGCCCUUUACUUUCCCUGAAGAGUCAACUCGAGGACGCGGCAAAGCUUGUACUGUUCGUCAUGGACCACACAUUCAUCACGGAAGAACAUAUAAAGCUGAACGAAACAACAUUUUUGUGGUCCGAAAAGAUAACUCCUCUAAUCAGUAGUAGUGAGCUGCGUGUGAGCCGUCAGCAAGACUCUGCUGUGAAUAAACUUACAGAUUGGUUGGCAAGGUUUGAAGCUAAAUUGGAAGCUGUCUAUAAAGAGGCAAAGGAUUUCUACAGCAGGGAAAGAAUAUCGGAAGCAAGGGCGCAUGUUGAGAAACUCGAUGAGCUGAGGACAGAAGUUGAAAACCUAUUAGACGAAAAACAAAGAAUUAAUAUGGAAGAGAAACUGUUGUCAGUAGAGUCAAUAAGCUCAUUUCCCCGUAUCCAAGAGAUUGUGGAGGUAAAGGAACCGUACGACAAAUUAUGGAGGUCUGUCGUCAAGUUUACCGAAAAACAAGAUCAGUGGUUGAAAGGUUGCUUGGUGGAACUCAAUGCUGAGGAGAUCGAAGAAGAGGUAUCGGAACUCUGGAAAAUUAGCUAUAAGCUGACGAAGUCCUUCUUUGGGCAACAAGAGCUGAUGGGUCCAUUUCGUGUGGCCACAUCACUGAAGGCAAAAGUGGAGAAACUUAAAAUUAGAUUACCGAUAAUCACUGCAUUGUGUACGGCCGGCAUGAAGGACAGACAUUGGGAAAUGAUGAGCAAAAAGGUGGGAUUUAAUAUAACUCCUAAAUCUGAAACAACACUUGAGGAGAUGCUUUCGUAUAACCUUGAUCGCUACUUGGAAGAGCUUCAGGAGGUUGCUUCAAGAGCUAGCAAGGAAUUUUCUUUGGAAAAGGCUUUGAAGAAAAUGAAAACAGAAUGGGACAAUGUACAGUUCACAUUUGUAGCUUACCGUGAAACUGGAGUUAGCAUUUUAUCUGCUGUUGAUGAUAUUCAGAUAUUAUUGGAAGAUCAAAUUGUAAAAACACAGACUAUGAAAGGCUCGCCAUUUAUUGGUCCAUUUGAGACUGAAAUUGGUGAAUGGGAGGAUCAGCUGCUCACGAUACAGCAAAUUGUAGAGUCGUGGCUAAGGGUUCAAGCUGGAUGGUUGUAUUUGGAACCAAUAUUCUCUUCCGAUGACAUUCAAGCACAGAUGCCAGAAGAAGGCGAGAAAUUUAGAACUGUUGAUGGCUAUUGGAGAAUCAUUAUGUUGUCAUCUGUGAAAAGUCCAAAUGUUCUAGAAGUAACAUCCAGAGAAGGAAUGCUUCAUAGAUUAAAAGAAUCAGAGAAUAUGCUAGAAAGUAUACAGAAAGGUUUAAACGACUAUCUGGAAAAGAAGAGACUCUUCUUUCCCAGGUUCUUCUUUUUGUCCAAUGACGAACUGUUGGAAAUUCUUUCCGAAACAAAAGACCCUCUUCGCGUGCAGCCUCACUUGAAGAAAUGUUUUGAAGGAAUCACCAAGUUGGACUUUAGCCGAAACAAAGAAAUAACAGCCAUGGUGUCUGCCGAGGACGAAGUCGUUAAUUUCUCAAGUAAAGUCAUUCCUGCCAAAGCAGGUGGCCUUGUUGAGAAAUGGCUCGCCGAGAUUGAGGCUGUAAUGAAAGACAGCUUGAAAGAUGUUAUGGCCGAAGCUGUCAAGAGUUAUUCGCGGACAAAACGUGUUGAUUGGGUCCUGGAUUGGCCAGGACAAGUUGUUUUAGCCGGUGACCUGAUCUACUGGACGUCUGAAGUAACAGAGGCUAUAAGCAAGAAUGGGGGCCUCAAGAAUUAUUACAAAAAGUGCUCGGAACAAAUUGACGACAUCGUGCGGCUGGUUCGUGGAAAACUUACGAAGAUGGCGAGAACAACAUUGGGAGCGUUGAUUGUACUCGACGUUCAUGGUCGUGAUGUAGUUGCUGACUUAGCAGAGCAUGAUUUUCUGGAUCCCAAUGACUUCCAGUGGAUAAGGCAGUUGAGAUAUUACUGGCAGGAAGAUGCUGUGAUUGUUCGAAUGAUAACAACUGAAGUACAGUAUGCUUAUGAAUACCUUGGGAACACUGGACGCCUUGUGAUAACACCACUUACAGACAGAUGUUACAGGACCCUGAUGGGAGCGUUUCAUUUAAAUCUUGGCGGAGCACCUGAGGGCCCUGCAGGAACUGGAAAAACAGAGACGUGCAAAGAUCUCGCGAAAGCUGUAGCAAAACAAUGUGUUGUCUUCAAUUGUUCUGAUGGACUGGAUUACAAGGCGAUGGGAAAGUUUUUUAAGGGUUUGGCUCAGUCAGGUGCAUGGGCUUGUUUUGACGAAUUCAAUCGUAUUGAACUGGAGGUUUUAUCGGUGGUUGCAAAGCAAAUUCAGACUAUUCAAACUGCUGUGAUGGACGGUGUAAAGACAUUCAUCUUUGAAGGAACAGAAAUUUCCAUUGAUCCGACAUGUACCAUAUUCAUCACAAUGAACCCUGGCUAUGCUGGAAGAGCAGAAUUACCAGACAAUCUCAAGGUUUUGUUCCGGACUGUUGCCAUGAUGGUCCCUGAUUAUGCGUUGAUCAGCGAAAUUAGUCUUUACUCGAUGGGGUUUGUUAACGCUCGUCCUUUGGCUGCAAAGAUUGUUGCUGUUUAUCGACUGUGUUCUGAACAGCUUUCUUCUCAACAUCAUUAUGACUAUGGCAUGCGUGCAGUGAAAUCGGUAUUGACAGCGGCUGGCAAUCUAAAGUUGCGAUACCCAGAAAAUGACGAAGGUCUACUUGUUCUACGUUCAAUCAACGAUGUUAAUUUGCCAAAGUUUCUUUCACAAGAUUUGCCAUUAUUUGAAGGCAUUGUUUCCGACCUGUUUCCUGGUUUGACACUUCCUAAGCCAGACCAUGGCGUUUUAGAGAAAGCAAUCCGAGGAAAUAUUGACAAAAUGAAGCUUCAGCCUGUUCCGUGGUUCAUCGAAAAAAUAAUCCAGAUACAUGAAAUGAUGUUGGUACGACAUGGGUUUAUGAUUGUUGGUGAUACUCUUGGCGGGAAGACAUCGGCGUAUAGAGUAUUGGCAGCCUCGCUCUCUGACCUAUCAAAAGAACGAGAAUAUGGCCAAGACCCUGUGAUCUAUCGUGUUAUCAAUCCAAAAGCUGUGACGAUGGGACAGCUAUAUGGGCAUUUUGAUCCCGUAUCGCAUGAAUGGACUGACGGUGUUCUUGCCAAUACAUUCCGGGAACAUGCAUCCCUGAGUACACCAGAUCGAAAAUGGAUUAUUUUUGAUGGGCCAGUCGAUGCUGUUUGGAUUGAAAAUAUGAAUACCGUGCUGGAUGACAACAAAAAGCUGUGUUUAAUGAGCGGAGAAAUCAUACAAAUGAGUGGGCGGCAAAAUAUGAUAUUUGAACCGAAAGAUCUUGAUCAGGCAUCGCCUGCCACAGUUAGCAGAUGUGGGAUGAUUUACAUGGAAGCCACUCAACUUGGUUGGAUGACAUUAAUAAAAUCGUGGAUUAUGUACAAUUUUCCUCCAAAUUUAGGCUUGGCAAUGAAGACGAUGAUACAGGAUAUGUUUUUCUGGUUACUUCCUCCGGUGCUGGAUUUUGUUAACCGACAUUGCACCCAGUUCGUUAGAGUCUCAUCGAUGCAUUUGGUGAAGCAAAUGUUGGUCAUGUAUGAUUCGCUAUUGGACGAGUUGAGGAAGAAACAAAAUCAACCAGGGGAAGAGUCUGAAAAAGAAGACGAGCUAGAAGAUAGUGAACGACCAUCUCGUUCAGAAAAUGAGAUCAUUCAGUGGUUACAAUCUUUAUUUUUCUUUUCACUUUGUUGGUCAGUUGGAGGUCAUUUGGACGGAUCUUCAAGGGAAAAGUUCAGUGAUUUCCUUAAGAAUGUCUCAAGUGGAAAGGAUAAAGCCAAUCCUAAGCCGAAGGAUUUGAAAAUUCCCCGGACGAAUGCCUUUCCUGGUAAAGGAACUAUUUACGAUUAUUAUUUUGACAAGACUACCUUUGGAACGUGGCAUCCUUGGGAGAAAAAUGUUUUAAAAAUUGAAAUUCCUUCUAAUGCUAAGCCCAAUGAAUUGAUUGUUCCAACAACUGACACCGUACGGCAACAAUAUUUCCUUGAUUUAUUCUUAUCCCAUGAGAAUUUGCUUCUUUUUGUUGGACCGACUGGAACUGGAAAAUCAGCCAUAACCGUUGAUUACAUCUUGCAUAUGGACGAGAAAAGCUAUAUUGCCAAUUUUGUGAACUUCUCGGCUCAAACAUCUGCAAAUCAGACGCAAGAUUUAAUACUUUCGAAGUUAGACAGACGUCGGAAAGGUGUUUAUGGCGCUCCGUUUGGAAAGAAGAUUAUCACGUUCGUUGAUGAUUUGAACAUGCCUGCAAAAGAGAAGUAUGGGGCACAACCUCCCAUUGAAGUUCUGAGACAUCUUGUUGAUCACAAGUAUUUCUUUGACCGGAAUGAUACUUCAACUAUGAACAUAAUGGACUUGCUUCUCGUAUCGGCCAUGGGACCACCAGGGGGUGGUCGCAAUGAUAUAAGCUCCAGGUUGUUACGACAUUUCAAUGUUAUUGCUAUCGAGUCAUUUACAAACGAUACGAUGAGGAAUAUUUUCUCUGUUAUUAUGGAUUGGCAUUUCAAUAAAGACUUCGAAACACAACUGAAGAGAUACUCCAGGAUAAUAAUUCACGCAACAUUAUUUGUAUACGAGCAAGCAAUAUCUACUUUCUUACCAACACCUGCGAAAUCACACUACGUCUUUAACCUUAGAGAUUUUUCUAGGGUCGUUCAGGGUAUUUUGUUAUUCCCUGGUACCUGUGCAACUGAUGGCAACAAGAUUACCCGUCUUUGGGUACACGAGGUUUACAGGGUGUUUAAUGACCGCCUUGUUGGCUUUGAAGAUCAAAACACGUUCUUCGAAAUUGUCAAGAAUGCGCUUGCAACAGAAUUUAAAGAAAAACUCAACAAUGUGUUUGAGCAUUUAGUGACGUCCGGAAACCAAGUUAGAGGCGACGACCUCAGAAGCUUAUACUUUGGUGAUUACAUGAGUAAGAAAGAACGUGGUAGAAAUUACGAUGAAGUUCGUGAUCUUGAUGCCCUGCAAGAGACGAUGGAGAAUUAUCUUGACGAUUACAACGUUUCAAGUAAGGCACCUAUGGAUCUGGUGCUGUUCAGAUUCGCUAUUGAACAUGUUUCCAGGAUAUGUCGCGUGCUACGUCAGCCAAAUGGACACGCCUUACUAGUUGGCAUCGGUGGCUCUGGUCGUUCAAGCGUAGCGCGUCUCGCCGCAUUCAUGUCCGAUUACGAAAUAUUUCAAAUCGAAAUAACAAAGAAUUACAAUACAUCAGAAUGGAUGGAAGAUGUCAAAAAAGUGCUUAGAAAGGCUGGCUAUGACGGAAUCCCUACUGUAUUUCUUUUUGGUGAUCACCAGAUUAAGGACGAGGUAUUUCUUGAAGAUAUUAAUAUGAUACUGAACAGAGGCGAUGUACCAAAUAUAUUUCCAAAUGAUGAGCGGCUGGAAAUUAUUGAAAAGAUGCAAGCUAUUGUUCAAGAGGGUGAACUUAGUGUGGAUUCUAGUCCUCUCGCAAUGUACAACUUCUUUGUUGAAAGGAUUCGUCAAAAUCUUCAUAUUGUUUUGACAAUGAGUCCUAUUGGUGAUGCCUUCCGGAACCGUUUGCGAAAAUUCCCCUCGUUGAUCAACUGCUGUACGAUUGAUUGGUUUCAAGCUUGGCCAGAGGAUGCAUUAGAAAUGGUUGCAAACAAGUUUUUAGACGACGUGGAAAUGUCAUAUAAUGUUCGCAAAGAAGUCGUAUUAAUAUGCAAGUAUAUUCACGAAGGUGUACGAUCCUUGUCAGAAAAAUAUUAUGAAAUAUUGAGAAGACGUUGCUAUGUCACGCCCACAUCCUAUCUUGAGCUCAUUAAGACCUUCAAGUCUUUACUUGGUAAAAAACGCAUGCAACUGCUGACAUUAAGAAAUCGAUAUUUGGUUGGCUUGGAGAAGUUAGAAUUUGCCGCUGCCCAAGUUACUGUUAUGCAGCAGGAGCUUACUGAACUACAGCCGGAGCUCAUUCAAACUAGUAAGGAGACUGAAAAUUUAAUUUCAAAAAUUGGUGAAGAAACCGAAGAGGUUGCAGCCAAAAAGAAGAUCGUUGAGGCAGACGAAGCUACUGCGAAUGCUGCUGCAAGUGAAGCACAGGCUUUAAAGGAUGAAUGCGAGGAACAGUUAUCAGUUGCCAUGCCUGCCCUUCAUUCAGCAAUCGCUGCACUCAAUACGUUAAAGCAAGCAGACAUAACAAUGGUUAAGUCAAUGGCAAAUCCUCCGGCUGGCGUCAAGAUAGUCAUGGAGGCAAUAUGUAUCCUUAAAGGAGUAAAACCAGAAAAGAAGGUUGACGCCAACGGCAAGCACUUCGAGGACUACUGGGCUUCUUCCAAAAAGUUAUUAGGUGAUCUAAAGUUUCUUGAGAACCUGAAGGACUUCGACAAGGAUAAUAUACCACCGCCAGUGAUCAAGAAAAUUCGUGAGAAGUAUGUCAGCAAUCCGACAUUUGACCCAUCUCUGAUCAAAAAUAUUUCCUCUGCGUGCGAAGGUUUAUGUCGCUGGGUGAGGGCAAUUGAGGUCUACGACAGAGUUGCAAAGCUUGUUGCACCAAAAAAGAAAAAAUUGGAAGAAGCACAGUAUACACUAAAUAUUCAAAUGAGUCGUUUGGAUGAAAAAAGAUCGGCGCUUGCUGAGGUUCAAGGGAAGCUUCAGGCUCUGAACAAUGAUUAUGACAUGAAGAUUACUAAAAAGCAGGACUUGCAACGAAAUAUUAAGCUGUGUUCAGAGAAACUCACAAGAGCAGAAAAACUGUUGAAAGGUCUUGGUGGAGAAAAGUCAAGAUGGAUCCAGUGUGCGGAGGAUCUUGGUGAUACCUACAACAAUAUAGUCGGUGAUGUUCUCCUAUCAUCUGCCAUUGUUGCUUAUCUGGGACCGUUCACAGUGGAAUUUCGACAGGAAAGUGUCCAGGAGUGGUGGAAAUUGUGCAAGGAAAAGCAGAUUCCAGUUUCAGAACAGUUUUCUCUACUUGGAACUCUGGGUGACGCCGUGAUAACAAGAACUUGGCAAAUUGCUGGUUUGCCAGUUGACAGUUUUUCUAUCGAAAAUGGUAUAAUCGUGACAAACUCUCAGAGAUGGACGUUGAUGAUUGAUCCACAAGGACAGGCGAAUUAUUGGAUAAAGAAUAUGGAGAAACCAAAUAAGUUGCAGAUCAUCAAGUUGUCCGAUCAAAAUUUUGUUAGAACAUUGGAAAAUUGCAUACAGUUCGGCACACCAGUUUUGCUCGAGAAUGUUGGUGAAGAGCUGGAUCCAGUGUUAGAACCGUUGCUUCUUAAACAGACGUUCAAACAGGGCGGCGUGGAAUACUUGAAAAUGGGCGAAAAUUUCAUAGAGUUCAGUAAGGACUUCAGAUUCUACAUAACCACCAGACUUAGGAAUCCGCAUUACUUGCCAGAAGUGUCGGUGAAGGUGACCCUUCUGAACUUUAUGAUCACGCCACUCGGGCUGGAAGAUCAGUUGCUUGGUAUUGUUGUUGCUAAGGAAAAGCCAGAACUUGAAGAAAAGAAAAACAUGUUAAUUUUGGAGAGUGCAAAAAAUAAGAAACAGUUAAAGGAAAUUGAGGAUAAAAUCCUGGAAGUACUGUCCACGUGUGAAGGGAAUAUUUUAGAGGAUGAAACUGCAAUUGAGGUUCUUUCAUCCAGUAAACUACUUUCGAAGGAAAUCUUGGAGAAGCAGGAAAUCGCUACGAAGACAGAAAAAGAAAUUGAUCAAACAAGAAACGGCUAUCAACCGGUGGCGAAGCAUUCGUCUAUUUUGUUCUUCACAGUCUCAUCACUGGCUAAUAUCGAACCGAUGUAUCAGUAUUCGUUGGCUUGGUUUGUUAAAUUAUACCUGCAGUCCAUAGCAAGCAGCGAACGAUCAGGGGAUUUGGCGACGAGGAUCUAUAAUUUGAACGAUCAUUUUUCCUACAGUGUUUACUUGAAUAUCAGUCGAUCGCUGUUUGAAAAAGACAAGUUACUCUUUUCGUUUCUUCUGUGUGUUGGAAUUUUGAGAGGAAAAGGAAAGAUGGAUGACGAAGAGUGGAGGUUUUUAUUGACCGGUGGAGUAGCGUUAGAUAAUAAACAUCGUAAUCCUGCGCCUGGUUGGCUAUUGGACAAAUCAUGGGCGGAGAUUGUCAGAUGUUCAAACAUGGCUGCAUUUUCUGGCCUACGUCAACAUUUUGAAAAGAACGUUUCAGCGUGGAAGAAAGUUUAUGACUCGUCUGAACCACAUAAAGAGAAUUUGCCUGAUCCUUGGAAUGACGAUUUAAACAACUUCCAAAAACUGGUCAUAUUGCGAUGCCUUAGACCAGAUAAGAUGACCGUGGCAAUUCAAGAUUUUAUAGUCUAUAAUCUCAGCUUAUUGUAUGUCGAACCACCAACAUUCGAAUUAGAUAAAUGUUAUGAAGACUCUAACUGCUAUGUGCCUUUGAUAUUUAUUCUUUCUCCUGGCGCUGAUCCAAUGGCGAGUUUAUUGAAAUUUGCCGACGAUGUGGGUGUUGGGCGAUCAAAUUGUGAUACUAUCUCACUUGGGCAAGGUCAAGGACCUAUAGCAGCGAAAAUGAUAACGAAGGCCACAACAGAAGGAAGAUGGGUUGUUUUACAAAAUUGCCAUCUGGCUAUCUCUUGGUUACCAACCUUGGAAAAAAUUUGUGAAGAGUCGAUUACGCAGGAGGCAAAAACCCAUCCAAAUUUCAGAUUAUGGUUGACCAGCUAUCCAACAAAUAGCUUUCCUGUCUCUAUUUUACAAAAUGGUAUCAAAAUGACUAAUGAACCACCGAAAGGUCUUCGUUCCAACCUAUUGCGAAGUUAUCAUAGCUAUCCAAUUCUGGACCCCACGUUCUUCAAUGGUUGCAACAAACCUGAGGUAUGGAAGAAAAUGCUUUUUGGCUUAUGUUUCUUCCAUGGUCUGGUGCAAGAGAGAAGAAAUUUCGGUCCACUUGGCUGGAAUAUUUCUUACGAGUUUAACGAGUCCGAUUUAAGAAUCAGUGUUCGGCAACAGCAGAUGUUUUUAAAUGACUACAGCAACGUUCCGUACGACGCCUUAACUUAUCUUAUUGGUCAAUGCAAUUAUGGUGGGAGAGUGACUGACAAUUGGGACAGACGCCUUAUUCUAAGCAUCUUAUCGAUCUUUUACUGUCAAGAAGUUGUUGUGCAAGAAAACUACAAAUACUCAGAAAGUGGCAACUACUUUCCACCUAAGGAGGGCUCGUACGAAAGUUACAUUGAGUACAUCAAACAACUGCCUCUCAUUUCUAACCCAGAAGUGUUUGGUCUUCAUGAAAAUGCAGAUAUAACUAAAAAUCAGAGGGAAACAAAUCAACUAUUUGAUAGCAUUCUUCUUACUUUGCCCCGUCAGUCUUCUAGUGGCGGUAAGUCAUCUCACGAAGUAAUCCAGGAGCUUGCGGUCGAUAUUUUAUCUAAACUUCCUGCGGAUUUCAACAUUGAAGCUGUAAAGGAAAAGUACCCACUGCGUUAUGAAGAAUCUAUGAAUACCGUACUACACCAGGAAUUGAUCAGGUUUAAUAAAUUGACGCAAGUCGUACGUUCGAGUUUAAAGGCAUUACUCAAAGCAUUAAAGGGUUUGGUUGUUAUGUCAUCCGAGUUAGAAGGUGUUUUUGGCAGUAUGCUAGUAGGCAAGGUCCCAGCUAUGUGGGCGGCGAACUCCUAUCCUUCACUUAAGCCACUCGGAAGUUAUAUCAAUGAUCUUAUCCAAAGGAUUCAAUUUUUCCAGACAUGGUUUGAUAAUGGUCCUCCAAGAGUUUUUUGGCUUUCGGGAUUUUACUUUACGCAAUCAUUUCUAACAGGAGUCACCCAGAAUUAUGCUCGAAAACACAAAAUAUCAAUUGAUCGCCUGGACUUUGAAUUUGAAGUUAUGAAGGAAGAUAUCAAAAUAGCGAGUAAACAUGAAAACGGUGUGUACAUAAGAGGACUAUUCAUGGAAGGUGCGAGAUGGGAUCGAGAUAACAUGGUUAUCGGGGAAUCUUUGUCAAAAGUACUCUAUGACACUGUUCCAAUUAUAUGUCUAGUACCAGGUGUUAAAUCGAGUACUGAACGAAGAAAUGUGUAUGAUUGCCCAGUAUACAAGACAAUUGCACGUCGUGGUGUUCUUUCGACGACAGGACACUCUACCAACUAUGUUCUCACAAUCCAGUUACCAUCUGACAAAUCACCAGAUCACUGGAUAAUACGUGGUGUUGCUAUGCUAUGUCAGUUGAAUGACUAAUUUGUGAAUAUAUUCAUUAUUUACCCCUUAUUUAAUUUAACCCCUAAUUUAACCCAAAUGCCUCCCCUCCCUUCCCCUCCCCCAUAAAACCGCGAAAAAUAUCAAUUAAAACAAGCCUAUGAUAAUCUCUCAGUAUUCUGCUUCAAAGCGAGGGGGCAGCCUUUUACCGAAUAACAUUGUUAACAUCUUUCCACUUCCACCUUAUUUCUUCUUCUUUGCUCAAUUUACGUUGGGCUGAACUAUAUCGAGCCACCUUAAGAAACUCCCGCUCCCUCUUAUAUUAAUAUAUACCCUUCCACAAACAAUAUAAAGUGGAUGAGGUAACAGAAGAUUGACCGUUAUAUAAUAACCAAUGAUCUAAAUGAUAAUACGGGCAAUAUAUUUGAAAUGUAAUGAAAAUUUUCAUCAUAAUAAUUAUUGUGCUUAGAUAUCAAUUUUUAUUUA